CUCUUCUUCUUCUCUCAAACAAUUUCCAACCAUUGUUCAGAUCUCACUCCCCUACCUCAACAAUGGGGUCUCUCCAUCCGCCGCUCGACCUCUCCUCGCCGCCUUCCAAGAACCCUCUUGAGAUCUCGGAAUCUACACUCUUACAACUCUUCAAGUCCCAGCAGGAUCACCUUAAUUUCAUCUUUCAAAACCUUGAUCUCACCCAGACAUUAGCAUUCACCCAGACCCUUCUUAAUUCCCCUGGUACCAACUUCUUAACCGGCGUGGGGAAGUCCGGCUUCGUUGCCCACAAGAUUUCCCAGACGCUGGUUUCUUUGGGGAUUCGUUCAGCAUUUCUCUCCCCUCUCGAUGCCCUCCACGGCGACAUCGGCGCGCUCUCCUCGCGGGACACCCUUGUUCUUUUUUCCAAGUCUGGGUCGACGGAGGAGCUUCUGCGGCUCGUGCCCUGCGUCAGGGCUAAAGGUGCAUAUCUCAUUGCCGUGACGUCCGUGGAGGGUAAUGCGCUCGCGUCAAUCUGUGAUAUGAACGUGCAUUUGCCUUUGGAGAAGGAGCUGUGCCCGUUUGAUCUGGCACCCGUGACUUCGACCGCCAUACAGAUGGUGUUUGGGGACACGGUGGCCAUUGCAUUGAUGGGGGCCAGGAAUCUGACCAAGGAGGACUACACGGCCAAUCAUCUGCUGGGAGGAUUGGGAAAAGCCAGAUCUUCAAGAAAAAUGCUGUCUUUGCAUUACUGCUUGCAAUCUGCUUCUCAGAAUAUGUUGUGUAAUGUAAAAGAUGUUAUGAAGAAGCAGGACGAGCUUCCCAUUUGUAGGGAAGGAGACAUGAUAACGGAUCAGCUGGUAGAGCUGACUAGCAAAGGAUGUGGUUGUUUGCUUGUUAUAGAUGACGAGUAUCACUUGAUUGGCACAUUCACUGAUGGUGAUUUGCACCGGACUCUCAAGGCUAGUGGAGAAGGGAUAUUCAAGCUCACGGUGGGGGAAAUGUGCAAGCGGAAACCAAGAACUAUUGGUCCAGAUGCAAUGGCAGUGGAAGCCAUGCAGAAGAUGGAGUCACCACCAUCACCUGUGCAAUUUCUGCCAGUGAUAAACCAUCAGAAUGUUUUGAUUAGCAUUGUUACAUUGCAUGGAUUAGUUUCAGCUGGCCUGUGAUCUACCAUAGGAUAUAUUCCUUUCUACGGUGUUUAGAUUCUGAAUUCACCUCUUGCUGGGGCUUCUUUUGUGCUUCUUAUUCUUCAAAUAAAUGUAUGAUUUGUUAUUGAAUGGAUGUAAUUGUUGAUGUACAAGGCAUUCUCUUUAUUUGUAGAUGCUGUAUGGCUUUUGAUUUAUAAAAUUAUUUCAUUUAA